GAGUGAGUGAGUGAGUGAGUGAGUGAGUGAGUGCGUGCAUGUGGGUGCUACAUCUGCUUAUGUGUGUGUUCCCUAUGUGCUCACCUAUGCAUAUCUGUGUAUGUCUCUGUCUUCUAAUCUACAGCAACACUUCACCCCAGAGUGCAAGUUCAAAGAGAGUGUGUUUGAGAACUACUACGUGACGUACUCGUCCAUCCUGUACCGGCAGACCCAGUCGGGCAGGUCCUGGUACAUCGGCAUCAACCGGGACGGACAGGUCAUGAAGGGCAACAGGGUCAAGAAGACCAAAGGGGCGGCCCACUUCCUGCCCAAACUCAUAGAAGUGGCAAUGUACAGGGAGCCUUCGCUGCAUGAAGUGGUGGUGGUCGCCGAGCUGAGUCCGCCCAGAAAAACGGUCAAGACCUCCGAUUCGCCCGUGCUGCAGAAUGGCAAGAAAGACCCACCCUCCAAAACCAAAACUUCCUAGCGCACAGAGAAGACAGGGGCCACUGGGCACUGACUGGCUAACAAAGUCUUCCUGUUUUUAUUACAAAGGGGUGUCUCGGUCAAAUGUUUCCCCCCUUCCCCACUGAGCAGCACGUAGAGGAGGCCCUAUUGUUCUAUAUUCCCACAGGUUCCAUCCAUACCAGGAUGUUUCUGAAAUGGCACUCUAUUCCGUUUACAGUGCACUACUUUUGACCAAAGCCCGCACAGGAGUCUGUUCAAAAGGAGUGCACUAUAAAGGGAAUUGGGUGCCAUUUGGGACGCUUCCCCAAACACCCUGUUGUUCUCUUAACAUCUGUUACCAGGUAUCCUCUGUCCGUCAGCAACAUGGUGACCAUAGCGAUCUCCUCCAUACUUAAGCAAUCCUCUCCUUCACCUUUGGUGCAAUCUGAUUCGUUUGUGACACAGAGUCAAUUUUCCACUCGGCAGCACAAGAAAAUAUUCCUUGUUCUUC